AUGUCGCGAAGUGCAGCCGUGAAAAAAAGUCAGUGUGCCACUGGAGGCGGCGUAGGCGACGAGCCCCUCAACGAGAUGGAGGAGAGUAUCGUAGGGCUGCUCAACGUGGAGUCGGUGGAGGGCAUUCCAGGCUCCUUUGACAUUGGCGUUGCCCCGAUUCAAGAGGUGUUUGUGGGUGUGCCCUUCUCCCUGCCACUCUCGGGUACUUCUGUCAGGCCGAGCUCAGCAAAGCCAGUUCCCUCAGUUGGUGCUCCUGCCAGGCCGAGCUCAGCAAGGCCAGUUCCCUCACUUGAUAGCCAAGAAGCGAGCACGAGUGGCCAACCAGAAGUGGGUGAUAUGUUGGCCCACUCUUUGGGAAAUCCGAAGUCACGCCAAGAAAAAGGGGACAAAGGACAAACACAAAUCUCCAACAGCAGCUAUGUGAUUUGGAUCAAGGAAGACCCCACACAAAAGAUCAUUGAGGGACAACAGGCUAUCACAGCCCGCUUUUAUAGGCUUGUGGAGCUGCACGAACAGAUGCAUGCUCUAAAAGCUUACAAACUUAAUGUAUUUUUUCAGAACGGAGAAAUUGUUCCAAAAUAUGAAUAA